GACGCGUCCCGAUUGGCUUUGGUUUGCGGCCGCCCCGGAAGUGAUGCGCUGCCCCGCUGGCCGUGCGGAAGUGGCGAUGGCGGAGCUGUACGUGAAGCCCGGCAACAAGGAGCGCGGCUGGAACGACCCGCCGCAGUUCUCUUACGGGCUGCAGACCCAGGCUAUUGGGUCCAAGCGCACGCCGCUCACCAAGAGGGUCGCUGCAGCCCAGGAUGGAUCCCCCAAAGCCGCUGCCUCAGAGACUACUCCUGGGCUCCCCACAACAGGACCUCCCCCUCCUUCAAAUAAUGCUCCCAGGCCUCCACCUAUGGGGAGUUGUCCUGCCUCCAGUGUUGAGUCCCCAAAUUUCCCAGUCAUCGAGUGUGAGACUCUGCUAGAGGAUGUGCUGAGACCUUUGGAACAGGCAUUGGAGGAUUGCCGUGGCCAUGUGAGGAAGCAGGUGUGUGAUGACAUCAGCCGACGCCUGGCACUGCUGCAGGAACAGUGGGCUGGAGGGAAGCUGUCAGUGCCUGUAAAGAAGAGGAUGACUCUACUGGUGCAAGAACUUUCAAGCCAGAGGUGGGAUGCAGCAGAUGACAUCCACCGCUCACUCAUGGUUGACCAUGUGACUGAGGUCAGUCAGUGGAUGGUGGGAGUUAAGAGAUUAAUUGCAGAAAAGAAGAAUCUGUCUUCAGAGGAGGAAGCCACUGAAGAGAAAUCUGCAGCCACAACUGAACAGAACCAGACUGUACCAGGCUUCCUUGGGGCUCCAUAAUCCUGUGGGUUCCCUAGACUUGCCUCACCCAAUCGCCUAUGCCUUGGUAUAGGAGGCCUUCGCUCACUUGACUCCCUCUUACCACCAGGGAGACUGUCUGCUCCAUUGGGGUCCUUGGUGUGACCUACCUCUGGGGAAAGAAGUCCAACAUGGGCCACAGGGAAGUCACUUGUUAUCUACAGCAGUAUGCACUUCAAUAAAAACAUCUCAAUGGUGGGCCCUGGGGAGGAGCAGUAAGCCCUUCCUAUAUCAAACUGGUCCCCUCUGGUGUCCUUGACUGCCCUGCUCCUUGCAAACCUGUUCUUCCUCCAUUCAUCAUGAAGGGCUUCUGUUGGGCAUUACCAGAUUGCUGGCUGCUGCCUUCCCCAAAAUGUGACUGAAAAGCACAUCCCUUGGUGGGCUUAGCUGCCCUGUCUUCUUGAUGUUUUCAUUUUAGCAUGAGAACAGAGGUUCAAAUAGCAUGAGGAGAAAAGGAAGGAACGACUGGCCUAUUUGCACUGUAUCACUCUUGAGGUAUAUAGGUGUUAAAGUAGAGCUUAGAACCACAGAGAGUAGGGUUCCUGCACUGUACAUCGAAGGAGAAAAAGACCAGGUUACAGAUUUGGGAUCCUGGUUUUUUAUCUGACACCAGACAUGCUGCUUGCCUCCCUCUGGGCCUCGAUUUGGACCCUAAGGUCUCUUAACCCUCUGGGAGCAAAGGCAUUGUGCAGCAGGGGCCAGAGAAGUUCCUGGUGAGUAUCAUUCCAUGAGGAGGGAGGAUACGGGUUUUUAGUACUGGUAUAGAGGAUUGGCACUGGUGGGUAGGAGCCAGAAAAGGCAUAGGGAGAGCCUAGCAAUGGCAAAAGUUGGGUAGCACCUCUUUUCCAAGAGACUUGUUUUGGAAUGGGUAGGGGAAGGGCUGCUGAGGAGGCCCGGAGGCAGCCUUCCUGGAAAGACAGGCAUAGCCCUUGGGAGGGGUCACUUUAUUGCUGUUGAUUGUUUGUUGGAGUCUAUAGCCUGCCUGCCUCAGGCCCUGAUUGCUGCUGGAAGUGGGGUCAGUGUGAGCUAGGAAUGGAGCCUCUGAUCCUAACCAGGCCUGCUGAGGCCCUUCAAAGGGAGAGGCUGCGUUGCCGAUGUGGGAAGAUCAGCACUGAGAACAACACUAGAGCCAAGGCAUUUCUUUGAAUGUUUACUAAGCAGCCAGAAGGUGGACAUAUUCCAUCCCCAAGUCCCAGCCCCUGAGCAAGGAAAGGCUGGAAGAGGGUGGAGAGGUGUGUGGCCUACAGACCAAAAGGAGUAGAGCUAAGGGCUUGAAAAGUUUCCCACUCAUAUCCCUGGUCUAGCUGCCUCAAAACUAAGGGAGGCCUAAAACCAACAGGCCACACCCUUCCAGAUUAGGUGAGGCCAGCUGGCCUUUGGAUACCCUCAGGAAGAGGUGGUGGCAGCAGCGGCACGAGGGGUUCCUGUAUAAUUCCACAGACCGGGUCAUCUGCACUGGAUCAGAUGUCCAUUUCAAAUUGUGCGUCAUCUGGAGAGAGAAGAGGACAAGUUGCUAGGCUGAGCACACUGGGUCUGCAGGCUCAGGGUCAGUGCAGAAAUCCGUUUUGGAAGUGCACCUCCAUUCUGUUCAGCAGGGGCAUUUGAAUUCACAGAUUGGAGCAUUUAAUUUUAGGUCCUGCUUUCCUUACCGGGUAUCUCUUCCUCUGUCUCCUUCUGCUCCUUCAGCUCCUCCAGCUUGGAGAGUGGUGCUGUUGGAGUUGUAACCCCGGGAAUCUGAGGGAGGCAGCAGGGGGGUGUUCGGGCAAUGGGUGAGUUCUUGCACUCCAGCAGGAACUUUCGGUCGUAGAUGAUCCUGGUGCCUAUGAAGAGGUAGGGGCUGAGUUAAGAGGCAGGAACUUGGGUACAGAGCUGACUAGGGCCCCAGACACAGGCCUUUAGGGACCCUAGACUCACGUUUCUCUGCGUUAAAAGAUCUGUUCUACAUCCCUGCCAGGAUCUCAGCUGACUAGGCUUCCCAGCACUUAAAAGCUUACCCACCUAACCAAGGUGGGACAAAGCAACAAAAAGCUGGUGGUCCAGGCAGAAACUUUAGGUUUAGGGAGCUCAAGUUUUAGCUAUAGGAGGAGCACCAAACUUGAGAGUUAAGGGACUUCAAGCUGCUUCUCUACCACUCUGCUUGCUUUGGUGCACCGGAUGGAACCUAACCCUCCAGCCUCAUUUGGAUCAGGAAGCCAAAUAACAGAUGUGGAGCUUUAUCCAGUGCGGCCACCUGUGCUGAUACUUUACAAGGGGGGGCUGCGUUCCCUCACACCUGCCUUCCCUUGAAAAAGAGGGACGUACUGUUCUUCCAAGUCAUGUAAGGCUCAGCCCAGAGGAACUUGGCCUGAAUCUUGUCCUCAAAGGGCCCUGCCCAGUUCUCAUUCCCACCCCCCCGCCCCCGUCUCCACGUGGCAUGAACCCCUGGGUAGGGAGCCCAGCAGGAGCUCGUGAUCCCAGGCUGCUCGCCCAACCAAACAUCCGCCAACCAAACUCUGUCCCGAUCUGCCCGAGUCCCGCUGCAGAUGCUUUGAAAGACCUGGUGCUUCCCGCUAAGGCCAUGUUCUGUUGGGGACUACUCCCAGGCUGCAAGGUCUCAGGAGGCGGGUGGAUGAGCAAGGCGUCCAGAACCCAGACCAGCGAGGGAUUCCAGGCCAGAAUCACCCGGAAGCUAGGCUCAAGGAUUUGUUGCAUCACUUCAAGGUUUUAGGGAACCGGGCCUUAGCUCCGAACAGCCCCCCCCCCAAAGCUGUUACCUGCAGAGUCGCCUGCGGGCUAGCCCGACGCCCGCACUUUCCCGCCCCAGCCCCGCAAUGGAACCCAGGAGCUGGUCUGCCCACUGCCUGCGGACCCCGGCCCGGCCCGCUGACCUCCCGGGGUAGUGGCGUAUAGCGUGCCCCCCGGCGUGGUGCCAUAGCAGUCUGGCAGCCUGUCCAGGCCCCCGGGAAUCGGACAGCUCGUGGACGUGGACAUAACAAGCAGGAAGAAGGCGGCAAACGGCUGGUGCUGAGGACGCGGAACGCAGCUGAGUUUGAGGCGGAUUCAGCCCACCACGUGCGGCCGCGAGCAACAACACCAGGGCGACGUCACAGCCGGGGCGGGUCACCCGCCGUCACUCAACCCGGUGGCCCCGCCCCACCCCCGGAUCCCAGGCACCCUCAUCGGCAUCAAGUUCUUCUGCGGCUCACCGCGGACGUGAGCCCAGCAGUAGCUGAGCUAUUUACUGUUUACCGCUGGGCGUUGGGGGCAGGUGAGGUAAGGCACACGGUACUGCCACGUAUUAACUCACCCAUUCCGCUCAACAGUUUUGGACAGUAAGGCACUGUUAUUAACCAGAUUUUACAGAGGAGGAAACGAAAGCCCAGAGAAGUUAAAUCACACAUCUAGUAGGUCAGGGAGUUGAGAUUCUGACUUCGGUAUAUCUGAUUCCAGAGGCUGUGCCCUUCGGCACAGUUCUGUGUACUGCCUCCCAUAAACAGCUACAGUACAGGGUGAAAAGUGCCUUGAUGGCCUGGUGCACAGCGCAAGGGGGAGGUCCGGAGAGAGGGUGGGCUUUCUGGAAGAAGUGGUACCUGGACAAAUUAAAGAAUGAGUAGAGGCUGAGGGACAGCAGAGGCUACAGCUGGGCAGUUAGGUGUUCUGCCCUUGGAACUCUGCCAUAUCUAACUAACCUCAGGAAACUAAGGAAAGGGGGCUGAUGAGGGCUUGGAAGGUAAGAGACUCUGGCUUUGGAGAGAGGAUUUUUUUUUUAAUGUAGGCACAGUGAUAUAAAAGGAGGCAGGAGGGGUGGUGGAAGAGUAAGUGCUUAGUACAUAUACACUCUGGAAAUUUCAGCCUGAUCUGUUUGGCUUCCUCAAAAUUAAUACUGCCUUCCCUCCAUACCAAUCCAAAACCACUGCCCUCCGACUCACAGAACUGCUCUAAGGUUUCCAAGGCUGAGGGAUAGCAGAAGCUACAGCUGGGCAGUGAGGUGGUCUGCCCUUGGAACUCUGCCCUAGCUAACUAACCUCAGGAAACUAAGGAAAGGGGGUGGGAACAGAUUGCUGCAUCUUUCUCUCUCGGAGCAGCUGGUGGAUUGAACUGCCGACUUCUCGGUUAGCAGCACUUAACCACUGCACCACCAGGGCUCCUUAUUGCCCUCCAGCCCCUCCCAAAAUUAAGUAUAUCCCACUUGACUGUAUGAAUUUAUCACCUCAUCUCUAAGAAGCACUGGUGGACAAUGGUUAAGCACUCAGCUGCCAACCCAAAGGCUGGCAGAUUGAACCCACCAUCCAUACCUCAGGAGAAAAGACCUGGCAAUCUGCUUCAGUAAAGAUUACAGCCUAGGAAACCCUAUGGGACAGUUUUGCUCUGUCCUAUAGGGUCACUAUGAGUCAGAAUCAACUUGAUGGCUUAGAACAACCUCAGCUCUGGCUUCGUCAGAUUUUCCCUUAGCCUUGCUUUCCUCAUUCACGUAUUUUAUAAACCAGUCCUUUUCAGACUUUAAUGUACAUAUGAAUCAUCUGGAGAUCUUGUUAAAAUGAAGAUUCUGAUACAGUCGGUCUGGGGUGGGAGCUGAGAUUCUGGACUUUUAAUGAGCUCCCAGGUGAUGCAGAUGCUACAGUGCCUUGGCUCACACUUCAAGCAAGAAUGCAUAUAUUUUAUUGUUCUAAACGGCUUGGGAGUCUCUUACAAAGUGGUACAUGCCUAAAUGAAGUUAUUUUAGCAGUGCUCGAGAUUGUGCAGUGCCGUCUAUGAUGAUUCAGCUUUUCAGCAAGGUAAGUAGUUCGAUGUGGAGAGUGGGAGAUGGGGUGGAAGACAGUGAGACUGAAGUUGGGGGGGGCGGCCCAGCUGUGAACUGGUGUGGCCAAAAGGGCAGUGGCUGUGAGAAUGGAGAGAAGCAGAUGGCAUCCAGAUACACAGAGGAGGAAGGAUAAGGUGAUUGAUUAAAUGUGGGGUGGAAGGAGAGGGGGGAUGAACUAGGAUAAUCCCCAGUUUUCUGUCUUGAGAGUCUUGGUAGCUAGUAGUACCACCUAAUAUGAUAGGGAAAACAAGAGGAGGGGCACAUCUUAUACUGGCAAAUGUAUAGUGUGUGUUGAAUGCUCAAAUGGAGCAGCACAGUAAGGAGCUAGAUGAUACUGGCUCUGAAGCUCAGGGGGAGAAGUCUGGGCUAAUGAUACAGAUUUGGGUGGAGUGAAACCCAAGUGUGUGGGAUGAGAUAACCUGGGGAGAAGAUACAGUGUAAGAAGAGGCCCUGACACAUGUAAUUUAAGGGAUGGAUGGACUAAGAGGAUUCACCAAAAGAAACCGAGAAAGACCAAUUGGAGAAAUAGGAGAGAACAGUGUCAACGAAUUUCAAGAAAGCUCAGUGUGGAAGUGAGGUCUUUCUUUAACUAAUUUCUACCACAAAACAACACAGCUGUUACUACUGCCAUAUUGACUACUACCUGCAGCUAACUUUUCUUGAGACACUGUAUCUACAAGGCUUGGGAAUCUAGAGAACAGAAAGUUGGCUUUAGAGAAAAAGCCAGAUUCCUCAUCCAUGCAGCCUGGAUUUAGAAAAAGAGUUUAAAUCAGAGAGUCAGCACUAAGAACCCAUUAGAAUAUGGGGAGCUUUAAAAAAUACCAGAGAUCUGAUUUAACUAGUCUGUGAGGUAGGUCUGGCCUGUUUUAUUUUAUUUUUUAAAAGCUCUCCAGAUUAUUCUGUGGGUAGCCAUGAUUGGGAACCCUUGAUUAAGAUGAAGGGAUUAAACAAACAAAACCCUUGCCAUUGAGUCGAUUCCGACACACAGCAACUCUAUAGGACAGGGUAGAACUGCCCCAUAGGGUUUCCAAGGAGCAGCUGGUGGAUUUGAACUGCUGACCUUUUGGUUCUUGAGACACUUAAGCCACCGCACCACCGGGGCUCCAAGAUGAAGGGAUAGUGGUAUAAAAAUACUAGGCACAAUGAAAGAAUUCAAGAGGAGAGCUGACAAGGCAGAGGGUUAUUUCUAGCUCAGUGUUAUGUUGGGAGAAACCUAUAAGUGAAUACAGGGUCUCUGCUACCAGGGCAAAUUACUUUGGGCUCAUACCAAUACCAUCAAAAUUAAAUAGGAGGUGAAAAGUAAUCAUAAAAUAGGUUUGCAAUUACUGUAUAUCUUUUGUUUCAUGAUCUUGUUUUCCAAGUUAGGUCUUAAAGCCCACAUUCCUGCCCUAUAUUGGACAGAGUCCUAAUACAUUUAAGUUUUGGGUGCUUAAAACCACUUUUCUCUGACCCAUUUUCUACCAGGAGAGAUUGAAGAUGAAGGAACCUGUCUUUACCAGGAGGCAAAUGAUGACAGAUCUUUGAGGGUGAAUAGAAAAUGCAGUACUAUCAGAGUCCCUCACCCCAGGACAAGGUCCACUGGGAAGAUGUCACAACCAGACUACACUUCUAGGUAAAAGUGAUCAAGAGCUAGUCAGAGAACAAGACGUUCAGAAGCUGUUUUCCUAAAGGCUUGUUUGCCUCCUCCUGGGUUUACAAUGUAGUCCAAAGGUCUUAAACAGUGGAACAGAACCGUGUAUACCAAGUAUUCCUCUCUGUUUGGUUUGACACUAUAAUACAACCAGCCUCUUCCCUUCUACAAGCUAACUCAAACUGAGGAUGGUUCUCUCAUGUAGUAGUCUUGAGGUUGAGAGGAGGAUUUGGUCAAAAUCUAUACAAACAAAUGGAAACUGCAGUUCCUGGCCCUAAGAUUUCUUACCUCUGGCUAGGAGAGGCCACCACCAUUGGCUGUCCAACUCUCUUCUUCGGUCUGCUUAGCUGAGGUGAUGGGAUUUCCCCUUUGAGAGCAGGGACUGAAGGAAGCAGACUGGCCUAUAAAAGGGCAAGUCAGCACACUGUAGCCACAGUAGGUUUAAAGGGUCUUAAAACAGUCAAUACUUUUAUUGAUGGUAGAAUUUUUAUUACAUUUAACAUUACUUGAAAUACAUAGGUCCAAAACUCUUGAUGAUAUAGUUUUAUUCUUUGAAAGAGCUAUUAUUGUCAUGGGGUUGGAGCUGUGCCUUGGCAGGAUGUAUCUUAAUGAUUUGAGGGCUCACUAUAGAUGUGCAAGGUUUUCUUCUGCCACCACUAAAACCUCAAAAUCAAUACUGGCCCCACAGCAGGCUUUUGGUUCCAUCUCAGAACCAAUGUUAGGGGUUUCACGCCUCAGCACUGCAAACGUUCAAAUGACUUCCACUGUUCUCGUACCUUAUAUUCUCAUUUAUAAGAAAAAAAACCUGUGUUAGAGGGCUAGGGGACUCUUUUGAGUUCAUUUAAGUUCAAUUUUGUUUUCAGAUGAAGAAAGUCAAGCCCAGAAAGGUGAAAUGACUUGACUAAGGUCAUAGAGCUUGCAUGUGGCGGAAAUGAAAAUAGAACUUAGGCUUCUGACUCUUAUUCCACUGUACCCAUAUUGCCUCCCCCCAGAUCCCUUAUAUAUUGUGAAAGUAAUUGAGUUCUUACCUGAGCUAGGUUUUAUCCAACGUUCAGGUUGGUAAAAUAGCAGUAAAGUAAUGCCAGGAAGAGGCAGGCAGAGGAAGAAGAGAUUGUAGCAGAUGAAAUGGGGUGGGGAGUAGGCUAAGGGGAUCCAAAUAGAAAGAAAGGAAGGCAGUGCUAAUAAAGGAGAAGGGAAGAAAGCACUCUACAGAACUAUUCCCAACUGCACAGCUCCUGUUUCUUCCUAAUCCUCCUAGGGUUUUCUCAUAAUUGCCUCCUUCUCAUCUCAUGGGUUCUGGCUCCUGACUUGAGAUAAAAUUUCUCACUUUGUUGUCCUCAAGGCAUAGGUUUAGGGGUUCCUCCAGAAAAUCCAAAUGUAGUGUAGAUAGUUAGCAUAGGACACAACUCACCUUUUUGUUCCACUGAAUAAUUUGCUUAAUAUUAUUUCUCACUAGUGUUAUGUUCAUCAAGAGCAGUGUCAUUCAUUCUACUAAUAUUGGGUGAUUUUUUUCAUUGGUGGUAAGUGAGACCAACAAGAUUCAUAAGUGACCUAAGGGAUCUUUUGUCCCCUUAAUGUGAUCAGGGGUUCUCUUGAGAAUACUUGAUGUGGUUAUAAAGCACUACAAAGGUAGCAGCUUCAAUACCAGUGACACUUUCCAAAUCCAUUCAAAAUAGAAAAUAAUAAACGAGCUUAAGGAAGCUCUCUCAUUUGUAAGAUUAUAUGGAAGGCAGGGGAACGAGGUAUGUCUAACACAGAACAGACAUGGUGUGUCUUAUCUGGUACCAGCUUUAGGACUGGGGCAGAGGAAAUUAAGAAUCACUGUUGGCACAGGAGAGAAAAGUCCUGCCUGUACAGUUCUGCCCCUAGCUACCACUCAUUUUCUGUGUAGCCUCCUGUGCCUUGAUAUAUGUUUUGAUUUCUCUAUCAGACUGAAACAUUUUUUGUUUUUUUUAGAUUAGAUUAAGAACAGGAAAUUCAACUGUAUUAAAACAUGUGAACAAGUUGAUGGCUGUUCUUUUCAGUGGAAUAGCAUUUCCUUCCCUAUUGCAUCAGGUUUUUGGCAUAGCCUAUUGUUUGGCCAAAGAAACCCAUCCCAAUGUUCCUGUGUUUAGCUUAUUCAACAUAUUGAUUCUUCAUAGUUGGGGCCAUGGAACUAAGCCUAGAAUUAAUCAGAUACUUAUAAACAUCAAUCAGCUGGUUCAGUGACACAACAGAAUUACAAGAGUCACUCCCUUCUAUGUCCCAACUUAAAAAAAAAAAAAAAACAAACUUGUAACUGAAUAAAUCUUUUAGAUAAAAGAAACACAAAAGGAACCUGAAGUUGACGAUUUGGGUAUCCCUAAGUUUGUUUAGUGCCAUCUGAUUCAAAAUUUAAAAUCCUGUUCUUAUUGACUUACUUAUGAUCUAUAAAGAGCUAAAUCUAUCAGUGGCCUAUCUGCUAAAGUCAGACAAGACAAAUUGUGGAAGUUUGAAAUUUUCACACGUGUAAGAUAAUGACAACAAGACAACAAGGAAUGUUUAACACAUAACAAGUAGAUCCAAAAACCAAACCCAUUGCCUUCGAGUCAAUUCAGACUUACAACGACCCUACAGGACAGAAUAGAACUGCCCCUUAGGGUUUCCAAGGCUGAAAUCCUUGAGCCGAAGGCCACAUCUUUCCCCAGCGGAGUAGCUAGUGGGUUCAAACCGCCAACCUUUUGGUAAGCAGCCGAGUGCUUAACCACUGUGCCACCAGUAGAUAAUUAGUCUUAAAAGUGCUUUUUCAAGAGAGUCUAGGAAUGGACUUUAAAGUAUAAUAUAGGAGAAGUCUGUUACAAGUAUAGUACAAUCAACCCGGUUCAAUAUGAUUGUAAAUUGGGUGGUACCUGCAUGACCACUGAAAGGAUCACACCCCACUUCUAAACACUGUUCAUCUUUUUAUUGAAUAUUCUGGUAAAUAUUUCACAUUAAUACAGGCUACAUUAAGUAGAGCCACUAUAUGACAAGAAAUUUUCUCAAUUUUUUCCUUUUACGUAUGUAAACAAUUAUACAUGUAUUUACUGUCCUAAGAGGUUGAAACAUGUAAUCAUCUAAUUCUCUUCUGCAGGUAAGUAGCAUUCAGUAUGUUUAGCCAAAAGCACUAAGUUCAUCUGAUCUUAAGUUCAAAAUGGCUAAACUAACCAGAGAACAUAAUCAGGUGGAUAGGAAAUCAAUUUGUUCUUAUACAAUGGGCAAUCAAGUUUCCAUUGCUAAAGCCUCAGAGAAAACGUCUUAGUUAGGCACAUUAAAAAAAAAAAAAAAAAAAUCCCCAGGGUUCUUCCAAGG